AUGAUUCUGAAAUUCUUAAUCCAUGUCAUCAUUUUGGUAACAUGCCCCAUACAUGUAAACGUAUCUGCACAACAUCACCGACCUAUAGCAAAGCCUGGCUGUGAUUCGCGAUGUGGAUAUCUUCCAAUUCCCUAUCCCUUUGGAAUGAAGGGUUCGGAAUGCUAUGCAGGAAAGUGGUUUGAAAUAGAAUGCAGAAACACUUCCAGAUAUCGCAACUACAAUCACGCACCUUACCUCAAGUCAAUAGGUGUGGAAGUCACAUCCAUUGAUGUUGAGGAAGGCACGGUUACUAUCAACCAUCCUGUUUACCGAAGUAACUGCAGAAUCAAAGAUUCUCAGCCGCUCAACCAGUCGCUCGAAGGAAGCCCCUUCGUGUAUUCUCAGGGAUACAACAAAUUUGUGGUCGUAGGUUGCAAUAUUAUUGCUUUUUUGCAGUCAAAUGGGUCAGAAGCUAGUGGUUGUGUUUCCAUCUGCGACGACCACGACAACGUCGAUGAUAUCGGGAAAAUGGAGCUCUUAAACACUGAUUGUAAUGGCAAGUACUGCUGUGAGACUUCCUUGCCACUGUAUCUUAACGAGUAUACCACAGAAAUAAAAGGUUUAAAGGAGAAUGGAACGGGUCAUCAUGAGUGCAGUUACGCCAUGGUUGUAAAACAAGAUAGGAACAGCUACCAAGACUAUACUGGUGAUCCCCUGAAAAGCUACUACUCUCUUACUCAUGGUGCGGUGAAGGAUCUAGAUAUGGUCCCAGCGGUGCUUGAAUGGGAGAUUCUGAACAAUUUGGACCUUAAACUCCCUGCAGGUCAUCACUCUCACUGUUAUGACACGAAUGUUACAUCUUCGCGAUAUAAACGCUCAGGCCGGAGAUGCUCCUGCGAAGUAGAUGCUUACGGUUCCAAUCCCUACGUUGCUGGAGGUUGUAGUCAACCUGCUAAUCUUCGUCCUAAUGCCUAUUCUAAUUCUGAUUCAUAUUCUGGUUCUCACCAUUGGUACAUCGAAAGGACGAAUCGAACAAAAUCGAUCAUAAAAGGAGUUUCUAUAAGCUUUGGGUCCGUCGUUUUACUCCUUGUUUUAUGGCGGGUGUUUAAGGUUACAAAAAAAAUCGUAGUGAAGAAAUACAGAGAAAAAAUCUUCAAACGAAAUGGAGGACUAUUGCUAGAACAAAGAUUGUCUUCUGGAGAAGUUAAUGUGGAUAAAGUUAAACUCUUCAGCUUAAAGGAAUUGGAGAAGGCCACCGACAAUUUCAAUACGAAUAGAGUACUUGGAAAAGGAGGUCAAGCUACUGUUUACAAAGGCAUGUUGAUAGAUGGAACAAUCAUUGCAGUGAAAAAAUUUAAGGUCCAGGGAAAGAUUGAAGAAUUCAUCAAUGAAUUUGUCAUCCUCUCACAAAUUAAUCACAGAAACGUGGUCAAGUUGUUAGGAAGUUGUUUGGAGACUGAAAUUCCUUUGCUUGUGUAUGAAUUCAUUCCUAAUGGUAACCUUUUCGAGUACUUGCAUGAACAAAAUGAGGAUUUGCCAAUGACAUGGGACAUGCGUUUGAGAAUUGCCACUGAAGUUGCAGGAGCUUUAUUUUACUUGCACUCUGCUGCUUCUCAGCCUAUUUAUCAUAAAGACAUAAAGUCAACAAAUAUACUAUUGGAUGAAAAGUAUAGGGCAAAAGUAGCAGACUUUGGCACAUCCAGAAUGAUUUCCAUUGAUGUUACUCAUCUCACUACAGUAGUUCAAGGAACAUUUGGAUACUUGGACCCUGAAUUUUUUCAAACUAGUCAAUUCACAGAAAAAAGUGAUGUCUACAGCUUUGGAGUAGUUCUUGUUGAACUCUUAACGGGGCAAAAGCCAAUAUCCCUCCUAUGUCCAGAGGAGGCCAAAAGUUUAGCCUCACAUUUCAUUAUUUGUAUGGAGGAAAAUCGUGUGUUUGAUAUUAUUGAUGAAAGAGUGAUGAAGGAAGGGCAGAAAGAUGAUAUCAUGGAAGUUGCCAAUCUUGCAAGUAGAUGUUUAGAGUUGAAUGGAAAGAGACGACCAACAAUGAAGGAAGUUACAUUAGAAUUAGAAGGUAUCCGAAGAUUGGAAGGAAAGUCUAAUGCAGAAGAAAGACAUAAUGAACUUGUUCGAAGUGAAGAUUAUCAGUCUUGGCCUUGGGAUGAGUAUUCUAGUACCUCAGAAAUAAGGUCAACUUUUGAUCUAAAUAGCAGAACACCCACCUUGGAGGAUGUUCAUAUUCUUACCGUAUAA